AUGAAGUCCAGCGUGGAAGGGAGCAGCCAUCAUGGCCACAGUGAGGGGGAGAAUCAUGAGGAAGCCAGCACCAGCUCUGCUUUUCAUCUGUGGAAUCGUCGCUGCUUCUCCAAAUACUUCAAGCAUGUGGCCUAUGCUGCAAUCUGGGCGUUGUUUACUGGUUGGUGGAUUACCGGCCUCAUCUUCCACCGCUACGACCUCGGCUGGCUAAUCCCCUUCCUGUUGUAUCUCGCCAUCACCUUGAGACUCAUCUUUCUCUACAUCCCCAUCUCAGUACUCACCAGACCGGUCUUCUUCGUAUGGAAACAGACGGCCUCACGACUCGUUGGCUAUGUGCCAGAAAAGCUUCGCAUCCCAGGCGCUGCCCUCGUCACCAUCGCCGUUAUUCUCAUCGGAUCUUUCGUGUCUCCCGAGUCUGCCAACAAUACCCGCGCAGACCGAGCCGUCAGUCUAUUCGGACUCGUUGUCUUCCUCUUCAUCCUCUGGCUGAGCUCCCGAAACCGCAAGAAGAUUGUCUGGCACACCGUCAUCGUCGGCAUGCUAGUGCAGUUUAUCGUCGCGCUGUUUGUCCUUCGCACCAAGGCCGGCUAUGACAUCUUCAACUUCAUCUCCACCCUCGCCCGUGAGCUCCUCAGCUUCGCAGAGCAAGGCGUCGACUUCCUGGUCGAACCCGGCUGGUCUGAGAAACACAGCUCAUGGUUUAUCGUCAGCGUUAUCCCCGCCAUCAUAUUCUUCGUCUCUCUCGUACAGCUCCUCUACUACUCAGGCGUUCUACAAUGGGCCAUUCAAAAAUUCGCCAUCUUCUUCUUUUGGUGCAUGCGCGUCUCCGGCGCCGAAGCCGUCGUUGCUGCCGCCUCCCCGUUCAUCGGACAAGGCGAAUCCGCCAUGCUGAUCAAACCCUUCAUCCCAUACCUCACCAUGGCCGAAGUCCAUCAGAUCAUGUGCUCCGGCUUUGCCACCAUCGCCGGCUCCGUCCUUGUUGCUUACAUCGGCAUGGGCGUCAGUCCCCAAGCCCUAAUCUCAUCCUGUGUAAUGAGCAUCCCCGCCUCCCUCGCUGUCUCAAAACUCCGCUGGCCAGAGGAAGAAGACACUCUCACCGCAGGCAACGUCACCGUCCCAGAAGACGAAGACCACAAGGCCGCUAACGCCCUGCACGCCUUCACCAACGGCGCCUGGACGGGCAUCAAUAUCGCCGGCUUGAUCACCGCCACCCUCCUAUGCAUCAUCUCACUCGUCGGCCUUAUCAACGGCCUCUUCACCUGGUGGGGUCAUUACCUCAACAUCAACAACCCCCCUCUCACCAUUCAACUCAUCCUCGGCUACCUCUGCUACCCCAUCGCCUUUCUCCUCGGCGUAUCCCGCGACGGCGACCUGCUUAAAGUGGGCAAGCUGAUCGGGACGAAGCUCGUUAUGAACGAGUUCGUAGCCUACCACGCCCUCCAAACCGACCCGGAAUACCACGAUCUCUCCCCCCGCUCCCGCCUCAUCGCCACAUACGCCCUCUGCGGCUUCGCAAACAUCGGUUCUCUGGGCAACCAGAUCGGCGUGCUGGCGCAGUUAGCCCCCGGGCGAGCGGGCGAUGUCUCACGCGUCGCGGUGAGUGCCAUGCUCACUGGGGCGCUGGGUACGUUUACCAGUGCGGCCAUUGCGGGGUUGUUGAUUACUGAUGAGGGCGGUUUUUCUCAGCCGAGCUCAUAG